CUCGUUCGUGAUGAGGGUCCCUGGGCGCGACUGGGUGCUCGACCCGGGAUCCGGCACGGCUUGGGCGGAGUGGGACGCUGCGCUGCGCCCGAUGCUGUCCCCUGCUGCGGCAGCCAUUGCCGCUGCAGCUGCGUCUGGCUAGGCGUCUGGCUAGUGCCAGGAGGAUCGUCGCGCGGGCGCGAGCCGAGACCCGAUAGCCUCUCAGAGCAGAGACUCGACCCGAUAGAGCCUCUCAGAGCAGAGAGAAGCACUGAGGGGCCGUGGCUUGGGCACGUGUUAGUUUCUCCGUCCCAAGACCCAACAUAUGUGACAAACUG